CUUAAAACAAAAUCAAAUAAUCAAAAUCCCUAAAUUCUCUUCUCUCUCUCACUUCUUCUUCUACCUUGGAGCCCUUGCUCUUCUUCGUUAAUUCUCCUCCUCCUCCUUCUGUUACAAACCAGAUGAGCUUACCUCAAGCUUAUCAAAAUCCUCACCGGUUUAAAAGUCAAAGGAGCUGACCAAUUGGUUCGCCUCGACGACGACGGAGCCAAGGAGGAAAAUUCGGAAGAUGGAUGACACUGAGCUAAUCACGAGCAUCGAUCAGAAGAUGGAAGACGCUUCGCUCGAUCAGGAGACGGAAGACGACGCUUCAGCCGCGAAUCCUGCCCCAACUGCCCGAACUGCCCCACUCUCGUCGGAUGAUACCGAGUCGAAUCAUCAUGAGAUUAAAACCAUCUCCGCCAAUCCUAACAACUACGAUGCUUAUGUCCAAACUUCUGGAGAUCCUACACGCGGAGGAGCGUGUGUAAAAGAAGAGUCUUUGGCGAAGAGUAAAGUUCAAAAAGUGAACGACGUGGACUCAGAUGAUAAGAGUGCAACUCUGUCAAACAAAAUAACAGAGACUGGAAAUAAAGAAGAGACGGAAGAAGAAGCGCAACCAGUGAAGCCAGACGAGUGUACAGCUUUUCUUUCAAACCUCAGUGCUAAGGCACAAGGUGUAAGCUCUAGUAGCCUUCUUAAUUCAGUACUCGACAGUGUUGAAGCCCCAUCAAAUGCUCCUCCGCUGGGUGCUCAGAUAUCUAAGGAAAAGCAGAUAGGAUUCUCUGGAGCAGUGUCAUCUAGUUCAGUAGGACAUGUAGCUGUGUCUUCUGAUUCUGUUAUUGCCAGCACUGAGUUGGAGAAAAAUAGUCUUUUGCAGAGUAGUCUUGAUUCAAAUGAAGUGAGCAGGAAUGCGUCUGAGACCGUAUGUGCGUCGCAUGAUGUGAGUAUUGCCCAUAAUAGCGAAAAUGUGCCUUCGUCGGCUCAUGUAACGGACAAUCAGGAUUCCGAUAGUUCAUCUAGAUUAUCAGGUGGUCAUGGUAGAAAUGAUAAAGUUGCGAAUGACAGUAUGAUUGCUCAUGCUCAGAAUGAAGACAAAGAAGAUGAUAAGAGCCAUAUAGACACAGAGAAGAGAGUAAAACGGAGAAAAAAACGCAGGUCUUCUAGGUCAAUGACCAUAUCCCAGCGCCUUGGAGCGAUUGACAAAACAACCGCUGAUAUUGACCUCGGUAUUUUGGAUGCCUUGGAGGUAGCUACCAAAGUCGCACAGGAAGUGGCUAGAGAAGUGGACUCGGGGGAAGCUUCUCACAGUUCUUCAGAGGAACUAUCUGAUGAAAGCGGGCAGUCUGGUUCGCAAGACUCUCACGAUGAUGAUGAUUUACUCACAGGUUCUCCAUCUAAAAGAUUAUCAGUGAGUGAAAGCCAUUCUCUCGAGGAACCGCAUGUUGGAGAUGACGAUGUAAUGAUUGAGAAUAGUAAUCGUGAGGAUGGGAUGAUGAACAGUGAUGAUGUAAAGGAGAAGCACCUGACAGAACCUGCUAAAUCCGAAGUAGGGAGAGAGAAAAGCCCAUGUGGCUUUGACCUCAAUGAAGAUAUUUGUCCUGAUGAAACCGAUGUCAUUAUGUCUGUUUCACAUUCUGGUAUGCCUGCAGCGGCACCGUUGCAAUUGGAAAGAUCUCUUAGUGCGAAAGGGUUGGCUGCUUGUAGUGUAUCUCACUCAGAAUCACCUCACAAAGUUCCUAGUGGUGAUUCAAGAGAAAAGCAGGUGAUCUGUGUCGAUCUGAAUCUAGCUGAUGUAGGAGAUGAUCAAGUUGAAGAUCAAACUCCCUGGAAACAGUUUCCUUUCUCCUCAUCAAACUCUAGGGGUGGAGAGUCCUCCUCACAUGAAGCUAAUCUCCGAGGAUCAAGCAGGUUCAACCUGGAUUUGAAUUGUACGAACGAGGACGAUGACAUGCCUCCGCCUUCUCAGUUGAAGAUGGAAACGAGAUUAUUUCUAAGUCACAAUGGGCAGCAAACCGCAUCACCUUCAGUUUCUCAGCAAUCAGGGAAGGAAGUAAACUUUGACUUGAAUGACAGGCCACAGUUUUUCAUCGAGUCACGUGAUCAGGGUACCUACUCUGGGCAGCACCCAUGGAGCACAGCCUCCUAUGGAGGAGGGCACAAAUUAGAAGAACCGGUUAUCUCUCUAUUGGGUACAAAAGUAGACGUUGACAGAAAAGAGACUGUUUCCCAGAUGGCUUCGUUCCUGUCCAAUGGUAAGUCCCUCGAGACAGCAGCUGGAUCAUACAUGGGAAAAACAGGAAACUCUUUGGGUAUUGCCCCUGGCGUGUCCUUUUCUCCAGCUCCUAUAUAUGGGUAUAACGGAUUUACUGGUCCUCCUGGAAUGUCAAUGUCACCAUCGCCCAUGUAUGUUCCUGGAACAGCUAUUCCAUACAUGGUGGAUGCAAGGGGUACGCCAGUGAUGAUGCCUCAAAUGAUGGGGUCGGCCCCAUAUGCUCAGCCACCAUUUCCUCAACAGCACAUGUUCAUGAGCUUGGCGGGUGGAUCGCAUAGUCUGAAUGGAUCAGGGCAGCCACGCUUUGAUCAAAGUUAUGGGUUUGGGGGUGAGAUGGGAAACAGAGAGUCCCUAAGUUUGAGGCAGUUUCUAUCACCAGGACAAAGCGAGGCUAUGGGAGAGCAUUCAGGAGCAAAUGUAGAGCCUUCGUCGAGUUUAUCUAUUAGCAUUGGUGGAAAGCGAAAAGAGCCGGAGACUCGUUGGGAGUUCCCUCCUCCAUGGAGAUGAGUGAUUCGCAGAAAGUGGAGAUUGGGUUCUUAAUAGGUGGAUGGAUUGGUUGAUUGGUUAGAGAAUAACAGAAGUGUUGGGAGGUAACUUAUAAUUUGUCUUGAUGAACUUUCUUCUUUUUUUUCUCCAUCAGUUUUCCCCGUUUAUUCAGGUUUUUAUUUCGUAACAUAUAUAGGAGGAUUAAUUCAAACAUUGGUAUAUGUCAAAGCAUCUUCUUAACCUUGUUUUGUAUUUUCUCCAUAAAAUAAAACUGUAGUUUUGCGUUUCAAAAGUUGAGAAAAAGUGUUGCUUUGUGUUACUCUAGCAGUUCUGAACUGUUUCAUACAACUCUUUAACCAACCAAACAAUGGUGGUUCCUAGGAACAGAUUUUGAGCUGUUGUUUGUGGUUCCUAGAAACAGAGAGUUUUCUGUCGUAGAACAAGUUCAAGUCCUUUUGUUUGUCACGCACCUUCAUGUCUGAGCAAAACAAUACUUUAGAGAAUAUCCAGCAGUUCAAGUUCUAUGCACAAUCAUACCAAUAUCAAGCAGCUAAACGUAGCAGUGGGGGAAGUAGACGAAGCACCCAGAAACUCAUUUUUAGCAUUGGAAGUCGGACGCAAUAAAGAAGUAUAUAUAUAAAGCUUCUCGGGUAUUCUGCAAACCUUGAAAAGCUAAGAAAAGCUAUUAGUGCCGUGUUUCCAUUAAGUCCUUCUCUGUGGCUAGAAUGAGGGAAUGAAGCAUCUAUAGCCUCCUGUAAAUGAAUCUGGAAAAUUUCCUAGUUUCCGUAUGAUCAUGCUUAGAUGAAAUCCUGUUGGAACUUAAGGGAAGAAAUAAUGAUAAAGUAUAUUUUUCCAUCUGCAUUGAUUGGGACUGGCAUGUGUUGGCUUUGUGGAUGAUGAAGACCUUGCAGCAGCUAUAGCAAAGAACAAAAAGAUGUUUCUCGGUAAGAAGAUCAGUAUAGAACGGUCAAAAUCCAAAGAAGGGUAAAAAACGGAUUUCGCUCGGCCUGGAAAUGGUGGGAAUCUAUCUCUUUCUGGUUGUCCUCAAAGUCUCGAGUUCAAACUACAUCUUGUCCAAAGAAUUCUAACCUCUGGUAUGAUUGCUUUCAUAGAAGGUUCGGGGAAUUCAAAGGACACAUCUCAGGGUUUUGAGAAGGCGAAAGCACCUUCUUCUCAUUCCAUGGAUAUAGCUUUUCUUGUUCUACUUUUUAACGCACUCUGAAGCAAAUCUUAUACUGUAGACUGACAAUAUCUUGAAACACACAUUUGAGUUAUUGCAAGAGGACCUUGUCGUCA